UGUGGUACUGCUCUCCAUAUUGCUGCAAUGCUUGGGUUAGAGGAAUUAACCAAAUUGCUGGUUGCAGCAAGUGCUGAUGUUGAUGCGAAAGGAGGAGUAUACUGCACCGCACUUCAAGCUGCUAUUGCACGAGGGCAUAAAAUCAUCGCAUUGUUCUUGCUCGACCACGGUGCAGAUGUAAACAUUCAAGGAGGGAUUCAUGGAAAUGCACUACAAGCAGCAUAUGACAGGUCGGAUUGUCUGAUGAUUAAAUUGCUCUUAUUGUCUGGUGCG